AAGCCCGAGUCGCUAGCGUUGUGCUCUCGUAGGCGGAGGGAGGAGCGUACAACAUGGCCGGGCUGGAGCUGCUCUCCGAUCAGGGUUACCGGAUAGACGGUCGGCGCGCGGGGGAGCUGCGCAAGAUCCAAGCGCGUAUGGGUGUGUUUGCACAGGCUGACGGCUCGGCUUACAUCGAGCAGGGCAAUACCAAGGCGUUGGCGGUAGUCUACGGGCCUCACGAGAUCCGAGGCUCCCGGUCUCGAGCCUUGCCUGACCGGGCCCUAGUGAACUGUCAGUAUAGUUCAGCAACCUUCAGCACAGGUGAGCGCAAGCGAAGGCCCCAUGGGGACCGGAAGUCUUGUGAGAUGGGGCUGCAAUUACGCCAGACCUUCGAGGCAGCCAUCCUCACACAGCUGCACCCACGCUCUCAGAUUGACAUCUAUGUGCAGGUGUUGCAAGCAGAUGGUGGAACCUAUGCAGCAUGCGUGAAUGCAGCUACGCUAGCAGUGAUGGAUGCUGGGAUACCCAUGCGGGACUUUGUAUGUGCCUGUUCAGCUGGCUUUGUUGAUGGCACAGCCCUAGCGGACCUCAGCCACGUGGAGGAAGCAGCUGGAGGGCCCCAGCUAGCCCUGGCCCUGCUUCCUGCCUCGGGCCAGAUUGCACUGCUUGAGAUGGAUUCGAGGCUACAUGAAGACCACUUGGAACAAGUGCUGGAGGCUGCUGCCCAGGCAGCCCGAGACGUGCACACUCUGCUGGAUCGUGUAGUCCGGCAGCAUGUGCAGGAGGCCUCUAUCUUACUGGGGGACUGAGUGCCAACAACCCCAUCCAGAAUAAAAGCCUGUUCCUCUGCUGAACGCACCUUACUGUACAGCCCUUCAGAAGAGCUCAGAGCCCCGCAGAGCAGAGUGUGCACUGCUGUCUCUAAGUGCUAGGACGAGCAAGAGUGCCCAAGCCCUCACACUAAGGGAUGUGUAUGUUCACACAGCCCAUCUGGGACCUGAGCACCAGGCUGAGGUGGAACGUGACUGGCCGUGGUUGCCCAUCAUAGAGACAGAAGGCUAGACUAAUGCAGCAGUUUUUGACAUGUCGGUUUCAACCCCUUUGGUGGUCAAAUAUCAGAUAUCUACAUUACAGAUCAUAACUAGCAAAAUUUUGGUUAUGAAGUAGCAACGAAAUAAUUUUAUGGUUGGGGGUCAUCAUAACAUGAGGAACUGUAUUAAAGGGCUGAAGCAUUAGGAAGGCUGAGAACCACUGGCCUGAUGUCUCCUUUCGUCAGGAAUCUCCUUGGGCCUUUUCUGCCACUUACCUUGGACUCUGAAAGGUUAACAAGCCCUUUCUGCCUCUUUGGCAACUGUCCUUAGCUGUGACCCUUACCUCUGCACCCUUCUAGAUAAACUGCCUUCAUUCACCCCUCCAUCCUCUGACCACUAACUGAUCCACCAUGCCGAUGCCUCGUGGGUGGACAAAGACGAUAUGCUUUCCAGUUUGUAGUCCACUCCCUUCCCUGUGGCCAGUGGUAGUAUACCAUCUUUCCAGUACCCUUAUUUGACUUUAAUGACCUUGAUGCUGGAUCCACCUUAGGUGAGCCCACUGUCGUCCUCCCCCCCACCCCACCCCCAGACGGUUUCUCUGUAGUUUUGGAGCCUAUCCUGGAACUCGCUCUGUAGACCAGGCUGGCCUCGAACUCACAGAGAUCCCCCUGCCUCUGCUUCCCGAGUGCUGGGAUUGAAGGCAUGUGCCACCAUUGCCCGGCAAACCAUAGGACUGGUUCGAAGCCUGACAGUUCACGUGGGGCCCUUCUGUCAUAG